ACAUAAGUCAUUAUGUGACGUCAUUAUGGCCUGGUUGGGUUAGGUUUGCUGGAAAUUUUUGUUAAUAAUCUUGUAUUUUAGUAUAUUAUAUGUUGUGCUACUUAUUUUAGUAUAGUAAUAUAAAUACCACAAAUAGCAGCAGUAAUUCUGGUGCCAAGAAACGUUUGUUUCGGCGACGUUUUGUGGCGAAAAUGAAUCGCCAUGAAGGAGUCAGCUGUGAUUCUUGUUUAAAAAAUAACUUCAGAGGACGACGAUAUAAAUGUUUGAUUUGCAUCGACUAUGACUUGUGCGCUGUGUGUUAUGAAUCCGGCGCGGUCACGAAUCAACAUACAACAGAGCAUCCCAUGCAAUGUAUCCUUACAAGAAGUGAUUUUGAUUUAUACUAUGCGGGUGAGUCACAAGCUUUGGAACAGCCGCAGGCAUAUACAUGCCCAUUCUGCAACCGAAUGGGCUUCACAGAUACUGCGCUUAUGGAACACGUGACUGCCGAACAUGCAGAUACAACACUUGCUGUAGUUUGCCCAGUUUGUGCCUCACUGUCGGGCGGCGAGCCAAACUUUGUGACUGAUGACUUUGCUGGACAUCUCACACUCGAACAUCGGACCGGACCCAGAGAUCUCAUAUCUUUUCUUGACGAGCCGAGCGGCAUCAGGCACGGCGGUGUACGACGUAUGCCUGCCUCCGGCCGCGGUGUCAGUCGCGCCAGACGUACCAAUAUGCAGUUCAGCGAUUGGCACGUUGUUCGCAGCACCGGCGGAGGCAUAUCUUCAUUGUCGCCUUCCUCUCGCGACGCGGUCGUGGACCCGAUAGCCGAGCUCCUCUCACAACUGUCAGGUGUACGCCGCGGCGCCGGACAACCUGGCACACCCAGCCAGCUGCAGCAGCUGCAGAUGCAGCUACAGCUGGAGCGACAGCAAGCUACUGCGGCUCGACAGCAGUUGGAGCGACUUCCGCGGCGCGCGGCGACCUCCUCCAGCAGUGCGGCCGCGCCACCUCCUGCCGCACAGCCCGCAGCUCCCCCGCCACAGCCAGACGUCUCCGAGUACACCUUCCUGCUCUCCGGCUUCCUAGAUGCGACAAGCUCUGCGAGCAACGAAGAAGCGGUAUCUCGCGCGGCGCUGCUCCGCGGGCUGAUGCUGGCGUCGUUGGGACGCGCGCCCCCCGCACCUCCGCCCGCGCAGCCCGAGCCUCCAGCGCACCCCGUGACGCCCGCGCCCCCCGCGCAGCCUGCGCCCCCCGCACAGCCCACUCAGCUCGCGCAGCCUGCGCAGCCGCCGCCGCGCACCAAGCCGCAACCCCGCACCAAGGAGGCGGCGGCGCGUGCACACCCCGGCGCGCGGCAGCUGCCCGAAGGUAGGUAG